AUGGGCAAGCCCAGCCGCCGCCCGGAGCGCGACCCCGAGCCGCCGCCAGCGGUACGCGAGCGUCUAGUCGCAGCCGCUGAGCAACAUGCUGCCGCGGCCAGGGCCAGCGCCGAAGCACCGGCGCCGAGGCCCCCAUGGACGCUUCGCUCCAUUCUUCCAGAGUCUCUGCUGCUGCCGUGGUGGGUGGUGCUGUUCCUGUCGGGAUACGCGCUGCUCAAGCUCGGCAUGGGCCUCGAGCACCCGUGCGGAGUCCUCGGCAUUUCCGGCAGCGUGAGUCGCGGCGCAAUCUCCAAGUCGUACCGCGCCCUCUCCAUGUGCACGCACCCGGAUAAGCUGCGCGCGAGGUCGGAGGACGACAUGAAGCGCGGCGAGCUGCUCUUCAAGCGCGCCUCCCGCGCCCGCGAGGAGCUCCUCGCCUCGAUGCGCGCGCCUGGUCCUGCCGCACCAGCCGAGGCACACCCGUCCGAGGCGGGCGGGGCGGGAGGCGAGGGCGAGGCGUCGGCCGAGGCCGCCGCGCAAGCGACGUGCUCGACGGAGCUGGACGCGGCUCUUUACCGCGGCGUCGUGGCGGUCGUGUCCUACCUACGUGAGCUCGGGCUGCGCCACAUCGGCCUCGCGGUCGGCGAGUUCCUCUGGGGCGUGGUCAGCUUUGAGCACGGCCCGACCUACACCUGCUCCCUCCUCCUCCUCCUCCUCACGCUCCUCUCCUUCGUCUGGGCGCUGGUCAGCUACCUCGUCGCCACCGGGCCGGUCACCACCCUCCUCUCCGCCGCCGCCGCCGCCGCCAUCGGCCCUCUCCCCACGCUCGCCCUCCUGCCCGCCCUCCCCUUCCUGCGCGCCGUCGACUUUGCACGUACCGACCUGAGGCGGCUCCUCGGGGGAGGAGUGCGCCCGCCCGCCGCCGCCUCCGAGCCCGCCGAGGCGGCUGCCGGGCCGCAAGCCGAAGAGAGCGACGGUGGCGAGGAGGACGAAAGCGACAAGGAGGGCGGGGAGGAGGAGCAGCGGCGGGGCGUUGGCGGCGUUGGCGGCGUUGGCGGCGCGGGUGGCGCGGGCGGCGCGGGCGGGGCGGGUGGCGCGGGCGGCGAGCCCCUGGCGGGCUCCGCUUCUCCCCACCCUGCGGGCGGCCGCCUCGCCGCGCGGUCCGACGAGCUGCCUCGCAAGGGCGGGCUGCGGCGGCGGAGACCCAGCGCGAGCGAG